GGAGGUGCGUGAGCGUGGUCCCUUCUGCGCGUAUCGUAAAUUCAUCUCGCCGGUAGAUGCGGUUAAUAAUUAGCGCCCUGGAUAGGCCUGGAAUUUUUCAAACUAUGUCGGAACAGCUCAUUUCCGAAAACAUAGGUAGGAGCCCGGUGCAGUGGUUUUCUACUUUGUUUUUGAUUCAGCUGAAGAGUCUUUAGUUCAGGCAGUUAACUGCAAUAUGGAACAUACCAUUAAUACCGCAAUUAAUGCUAUAAUCUCAAAUUUCUGUAGUGACCCAUAAAAGGUAAUAGGAAACUGCGAGGGAAGACGGUAAAAGAAAAUGAAAGAAAAAAUAAUAUGCUACACGUAUAAUUCAUCGUGAUUUACUACUAGUGUCUUCUAUAUUUUUUUUUUUAACAGAUUGUAUAAACUCCACCUAGUAACCUCUGUACUUCUUCCUGACGCUCAGCCCCUUGUGAAAUCAUACAGGGAAAAAAAAAUCAUAACCUCAACAGUUAAUUUAGCAGGAGUCCUUUAAAGUAUAUAAUAAAGGAAUUAAAUUUGAUAACUUCUUAGACUUCAGCUUCUUCAGCAAAAGGUUGGAAUUCUACAGUAUAAUGAACAGUAUUAAUUUUUUUAUCAAAUGCUUUUACUUUUUUUUUAAGGUGCUGAAGUCUAAAACUUUUCCACAUUUUACACGCUUGUUAGCUUUUUAGGAUUCUUUAGUUCUUCUUUAAAAUUCUAAAACAUUUGUUCUUCUAUAUUCAUUGCACAGAAAAUGCCCCGAAUGUACACCUCCCCCUGUGACCUAACAGCUACACUUUAAUAAACCUCAGUAGUGACCUUCUGAAGUCCUGCUGCUUCAAAUCAAAUAGGUGGAAUUGACACCUCAAGAGCACAGAUGAUGCAAUUCACUCCACAUCUCCUAGCCUACUCCAUAGUUCACUGUCACUUCAGCCUUUCCGCACUUCCCAGAGUUUCCAGUGCCUUGAUCUAAUCCAUGAUUUCAUCCACGUGGUCUCUAGCCAAACUGCAGAUGUUGCUUUAUGAGAGUUUUGAUGAAAAUGAUGCCACACUGAAUAUUAUAUGCAAUCAUAGGACAUCCUGCCAGCUGUCUUCUCAUAUUGGUUUUGUGUAUGCUGAAAAUGAGGAAGUCACAUCAUCCUACCUCGGUGGAUGGCUUGGCCUCUUGAAUAGUUCAAGACUCUUGGAUGACCACACUUUAUGCAAAAUCUGGAAUCUUCCUGCCUGGACUCCUUUCUGUUUUCUGAGGCCAAGAUGUGAUGUUACGGGGAUCUCCAACACUUGCUGGGGACACCAGAUCAGCUACACUAUUCUGUGCAGUCUGGCAGCUUACUGUGUUGCGUUCAUGUUGGGGAGAGGUCUAAAACGCAAGCUGAGUGACUAUGAGGAGAACAUGGCUGGUCUCUCGAGUGCCUUUGAUUCCAGUCGAAAUCUGCCAUAUCCGCUUAAGAGGCAGUUGGUGCUUAAUAUGUGCCUCACCAAGUUACAGACGUACAAAAUGCUGGUGGAACCGAACUUGCACCGCUCUGUCCUCAUAGCCAACACAGUACGGCAAAUUCAAGAGGAAAUGAGACAAGAGAGUAACCAGCAGCCAAUUAAUGUCUGCCCUGGCAUUACUCCUAGUUCUCACAGCUACACAGGGAUGGAGUCAUCUGGGAUUUCUCUUCAGUUGCCUUCAGGUAUUAGUCAGCAAGAGUCUAACUGUUGCGACUUGCGGUCUGUAGAAGACCCGAUUGAAAAUAGCCUGCUGAUAGUUUCAGAUGAUGAUAUGUCAUCUGCUAUUUCAUCUAUUCUGAAGGAUUUAGACUUUGUAGAAGAUAUAAGUCCGCCUACUUGCCUGGUUCCUACUGGAGAUGACCAGCCAAAGUUUCCAGAAAAUCCCAGUCUAAAACUAGAAGAUGAUAGACAGGAUUUGAAGGGAGCUGAAUGUGUGUUUGGUUCCUUUGAGAUUUCAAAUUCAACUAGUUACUUGAAGGAUUUGGCAAUAGAUGAUAUUUUUGAAGAUAUUGACACUUCGAUGUAUGAUUCAGACUUUUGUUGCCCUCCGCUAAUGCCGCCCAGACCACCAUCUCUUGCUGCAGAAGAACCAUUGAAAACCUUUCCAUCUUGUAAUUCUUCUUCAGCGAGCAACAUUCAGAUGUGUAGAACGGAUCUGAGUGAGUUGGACCACAUCAUGGAAAUUCUUGUUGGAUCCUGAUACUUGUUUUACCCAAAGAUACUUUUUUAACUGCCACUUUCAUUUGGUUUCAGGAUAAAAGCCACUGGAAAAGUUGUAAAGAAUUCUUUAAAACACAAACUAAAAAUAAUUUGUCCAUAGUGGGAUUUUCUAAAUAAUUCCAAAACUUGUAAACCAAAAAAGUGGCAGAUUUUUUUUUAAAAAAAGAAAUAUUUAUUUAUCAGAACUGUGCAAUCAUCUUUUUCCUUCCAGGGUGUGUGUGGAACAAUAGGCACAUACCCUUAUCACCCCUCAUGCCUCUUUCAAUAAACUUUUUUAUGUGCAAUUUUUAAUUUGUCAGAAGAAUUUACAUGCAAAACAAAUUUCAUACGAGAUGAUCUUUUACAAAGCCUCCACUUUAUUUUUAAUAUCAGAGUCUAUGCCAAGUUGGCGUAUGUCAAGUUGCAUAGUUGGAUUGUGUGGAUUGCAGAUGCAUUACUAGAGAUGGGUAUAUUUUAAAAAUGAGACACGCUUUGCUUUCUUUUGGUCAGAAAAGCAGAUCAGGACACUUAUCAACGAAGUCUCUUGCAUUUUCUAAAGCAUUCAGAACUAUUUAUUUUUGUAAAUUUUAUAGUCUUUCUACAUUUUACUACGUUAUUUCAUCAUAGUUCAAAUAUAAUGGAAUUCUAGUUGGAUGUGUUUAGCACUACCUCUGAGCUGAAAUGCUUUAACUCUUUCCAGUGCUUCGUCUAAGACUGCAGAUCUUUUUGUUUCUAUUUUUUUUUUUUUUUCUGGGGGAAAGUACUUCUAACUCAUCAAGCUGAUCCUUUGACAGUGACCUAGCUGAUUUGUGAAAUCAAGGGUAUUCAAUGUUUUAAAAGUUUUAAGUAUUUACAAAUGUAAUUUAUAUGUAGAUUGUGCAAUUUAACAUUUUUCUGUCAGUAUUACGUGCUUAGAUUUUGAAUAAUCUUGGCGUUCUUUAAAUUAAAAUUUACUAUGUACAGGUAGCUUUUUAAUCUGUUUUGGAAAACACUGUCCUUCAACCCUGCUUUCACUACGAAGUUUAAGAUGAUUUUUAUGUGCAAUAUUAUUUAAAAAGGCACACAUUUGUAUACCUGGCAUUGUGGAAAGAAACGCUUCAAACUUAAAACUUCUAGCACCUUUGGAGGAUACUCACGAGAGUCAACACUUCUGUAUCCUUUAAGAAACAAAAGUUGAGAACGCUUCUUGCUGCACCAGUGCUUGCUGCUCCGAGUACUCCUGAGAUGCUCACUGACAGGAGGCGAGUCAGCGCCAGUGGCUAAAAACCGUCCUGGGGGCUCAGGGCUCUGGGGGCUCGGAUGCUGGGCCAGGGCUGGAGCCUGGGUGGGCUUUGGAGGCACCGAGGCGACUGCUGCCACGGGUGCUGCCGGUUGUACGGGGGAAGGAGGGGUGCGUGCCUGUGGCAGGUGUGUACAUAAGUAUAUAUAAGCGCACUCAUUAACCGAAGAUGAGAUUUGCAGUGAGAACUAUUUUUCCGUGAGACAGUUUGGAUACUGUGUUUCAGCUCAAACUGAGGUCUGUACUGAUCCUUGCUGUUGUCUUCUGAACUACACACUUGCACAUUAGUUUUUGGGUUUUUUUUAAUUUUAGUUUUUAAUUAUAAAACUUUUACUCUGUUCUUGAAAGCUGCAGCACCUGUCUUGUAAGAAAAUUCGCAGUUGUAAAAGCUUUGGUUUGUUGGUUUUUUUGGUUUUUUUUUUGGUUGGGUUUUUUUUUUGUUGUUGUUCUGCUGAGACUUUUCACGAAUGGGGCAUAGGCAGAGGAAAAGAAAUGUUGCCUGUGUGUUGCAUCUCACAGAAGCUGAAAUCCUGGCCCUGCUGAAAGGGCCAGGGUGUCACCCAGUAUUUCUAGUCUCGACUGAUGCUGUGGCACACCUACCCUGUGCAAAGAUCUCCCUUUUUUUCUUUUUUUUUUAUUUUGUUUUUAUUUUUUUCCUGUGACUGUUUUGGUUAACAGUUAGCUGCCGAUACAAUUUGGCAUCCCAAACCAAUGGAGAACCAGUUCAGGUCACGUCCUCGCAGCCAUCUGGGUUGUUUAGCAACCGAAGGGUAUAAAUGUAUUUAUAUGCAUAUAUUGUAUUGAUUCUAAUAUAAAACUUCUGAUCUAAAGUAUUUUGAAUUGCUGGAUAAAGGGAUUUGUUUGAAGAGUGUAUAAAUAGUUCUUGAAGAGGUACAGCUUCAGAAUGUACACAGAUUGUGCAUUGUGUAUAGACUACUCUGGCUUUUCCUCAGCCUCUACUUUUAUAUUAAAGAUAUGACUGAAUAAAUCCUUGAAAUACUAAGGGCCUUCUGCACUGUGAUGAAGCAGAGUUGUGGUUAAAAAUGUCUUUAAAUUCAGUGAUGAGGAAUCAAUUAAAAAGACCGCAUCUAAUUUCUUUUUGCAUUUGGAAAUACAGAAUGUUACUAUGCAGUAAAGAUAUUUUGGUAUGAGAAUUGUAUCAUGUAGCAAAUAGUGGAUUUAAGUGUUCACUUACCUUGCAGCCCCUACAGAAAUAUCAGAGAAGACAACUUGCUUUUCAGCGUUUACAUGCUAAAGUUUUCUGUGUCCUUCAGAAAUAGAUUAAAUCGUUGGUAGAUGUUUUAUCACAAUUCAAAAUGCCAUUUCUGUUCAAGUGCUUGCUGCAAAGCUCUGAUUCCUAUGGGUUGCUUGCAUCACAGUGCCAAGACCAUGAACUGGUGUGUCAUGCAGUUCGGUUACGUAUGGAAUUACGUGCAAAGGGAAGCUUACUUUUUAAAUAUGCACAAACUGAUUUGAAAAUCCUUCCGUGUAAAAUGAAGUUAGAGGCUAGUUGUGGUGGACCUAUUUAUUGUAUGUUUGGAAAUAAAAGCCACAGUUUUGCAGUUUAACCA